AUGGUUUGUUCAUGUGGCAAGUGUGACAAGGGAGGGUUGGGUAGUGGGGUAUCAGGUAGUGCAGUAAGUGUAGGUAGUGGGGCAACAGUAAGUGCAGGAAGUGGUGCCGGUAGUGGGGUUACAAGAGGUGUAGGAAGUAUUAGGCAGGCUAGUUUAGAUGAGGCAGAUCAGGAUAGUGACAGUGAAGGUAGUGUAGACAGUGAAGAUAGUGAUGGCGAGUACAACACAAAUUUUUCUUGUUCUGGUAAGCAUUAUAAAGUAAAGAGGAAAGUACUAACAUGUGACCUUCACAGCCUUCUCUAUGAGAUUGAAUGCAAUCGCAUUACAGAGAAGGCAAACAAGGUCAUAGAUCCUGUUAUGGGUAAGAGGCACUCAGAUUUGCCUGAGAGUAAAUUCCAUGUUCUUUCUAAGUUCAGGCCCAAGGAUGUUAACUUACACCAACUUCAUUAUGAGUUUUCAACAAAUCUGGGUCUUUGUCAAAGUAACAUGACAUUUCUUGUCUAG